CUAACAGUGUAGCUUGACGUCGUUGUCACGAAACGGCCCCGUUUUGCAGGUAUUUGUUCUUUUCACCGUUCCUUUAUCUUUGAUACUUCUGUGUAGUUUUGUGGCCACGUUGAUUCCGGUUUCUCUUGACUUGUCCCCAAACGCUGCAGUUUAAUAUAUGAGAGUUCCGGAACUACUCGGUGCUUUUGUUCGGAAGUUACUGCGCGUUCCAUACUAUCUGAUCACUGCAAUUCUUCUUUUGUUCAAACAACUCGCUAAGCUUUCUUCUAUUCUGAACCCUUUCAACACCAACAAUCCUACAAUGGGGUGGGGGAACAUCUACAAGAGACGAAUGAAGGUUUUCACAUUGGCAUUUGUCAUCUACAUGGAUUACAAGGCAUUACAGCAGAGAGAGAAACUGGCAAAAAGAUCUAAACGAGAUGCAUUAUGGGAGAGAGCUCAUGAACGAAAUGCUAAACGUGUCUUAAAGUUGAUUGUAGAGUUGGAAGGUUUAUGGGUGAAAAUGGGACAAUAUUUAUCAACUCGUGCAGAUGUUCUUCCAGAUGCCUACAUACGCCUUCUAAAACAACUACAAGAUUCUCUUCCUCCUCGCAGAUUAGAAGAGGUCUGUCAAACUAUAGAGAAGCAGUUGGGUGAAUCAAUGGAUGAUCUAUUCACAAAUUUUGUCAGUGUACCUUUAGCAACAGCAUCAAUAGCUCAAGUUCAUCGUGCAACAUUACAUGAUGGGAAAGAGGUGGUUGUUAAAGUUCAACAUGAGGGCAUCAAAACUAUUAUCUUGGAGGAUUUAAAGAAUGCAAAGGCAAUAGUGGACUGGAUAGCUUGGGCAGAACCACAAUAUGAUUUCAAUCCUAUGAUAGAUGAAUGGUGUAAAGAAGCACCCAAAGAACUAGAUUUUAACCAUGAAGCAGAAAACACUAGAAAAGUGUCUAGAAAUUUAGGCUGCAAAAGUCAAGGUCUUGACAGAAGACCUGAAGAUGUUGAAGUAUUGAUACCCGAUGUUAUUCAGUCUUCUGAGAAAGUCCUCAUUCUAGAGUACAUGGAUGGGGUACGUCUAAAUGAUUCUCAUGCUUUAGAAGAACUUGGUGUUGAUAAACAAAAACUUGUUGAAGAAAUUACUCGUGCAUAUGCACAUCAAAUUUAUGUUGAUGGAUUUUUUAAUGGUGACCCUCAUCCAGGUAAUUUUCUUGUGAGUAGAGAACCUCCUCAUCUUCCAAUUCUGCUCGAUUUUGGUCUCACAAAGUUGCUUUCAAGCUCUAUGAAACACGCCUUAGCCAAAAUGUUUCUAGCAGCUGCAGAGGGUGAUCAUGUGGCUCUUUUGUCUGCAUUUGCUGAAAUGGGACUUAAGUUGCGUUUGGACAUGCCUGAACAAGCUAUGGAGGUGACAAGUGUGUUCUUUCGUGCUACUACACCUGCAACUGAAGCUCUUGAAACUGUGAAAUCUUUGCAAGAACAAAGAGCAAGAAACAUGAAAAUUGUACAAGAAAAGAUGAAACUUGAUAAGAAAGAAGUUAAACGUUUCAACCCCAUCGAUGCUUUUCCGGGCGACAUUGUAAUUUUCUCCAGAGUCCUAAAUUUACUCAGAGGGCUUUCAUCCUCCAUGAAUGUCCGCAUCAACUAUCUAAAUAUCAUGAGACCUUUCGCUGAAUCUGUUCUAAAAAGCAACAUAAGUAAUACCCCAUCAUCAAAUGCAAAAUGGGUAUAUGAUACUCCUGUUCAUUCUGAUGUGGAGGAUAAACUGAGGCGUCUCUUGGUUGAAUUAGGGAAUGCCAAUAGAAUACUUGGAAUCCAGGUUUGUGCAUACAAAGAUGGGGAAGUGAUCAUUGACACUGCAGCUGGAGUUUUGGGAAAAUAUGACCCUCGUCCAGUUCAGCCAGAUACAUUGUUUCCUGUUUUCUCUGCAACUAAGGGUGUCACGGCAGGGAUGUUACAUUGGCUGGCUGAUAAAGGGAAGCUGAAGCUUGAUGAGAAUGUUGCAAACAUUUGGCCGGAGUUUGGCAUGAAUGGAAAAGAUCAGAUAAAGGUUCAUCAUAUACUAAAUCAUACAUCUGGUCUACAGAAUGCUCUUUCAGACAUUUAUCAAGAAGAUCCUAUGUUACUUUGUGAUUGGGAUGCGUGUGUAAAACGCAUUGCAAAGGUUUCACCAGAAACUGAACCUGGUCGUCAACAGAUAUAUCAUUAUAUGUCUUAUGGCUGGCUAUGUGGUGGAAUCAUUGAGCAUGCAUCCGGGAGGAAAUUUCAGGAUAUUCUUGAGGAAGCUAUUGUACGCCCACUUAAUGUUGAAGGCGAGCUCUAUAUAGGCAUUCCUCCUGGUGUGGAAUCUCGUCUAGCAACUCUUACUUUUGAUACAAAUGAAUUCGCUAAGCGGGCGGCUGCAACCGCCACAAGACAACCUUACGCCGCCAUGCCGUCCUCCUUCUCGCCGGAAAUCCUUGUAGGCUUCAUUCCCUUAUCCAACACACUCAAUGUCCGCCGCGCCAUACUCCCCGCCGCCAACGGCCACUUCUCCGCCCGCGCAUUAUCCCGCUACUACGCCGCCCUAGUGGACGGCGGCACAGUCCCUCCCCGCCACUCCUCCACCUCCCUCCCACCGCUCGGAAGCCAUCCUCACCGCCCGACAUUCCCAUCCAAGAAAACCUCCAAAAACCAAAAGGACUCCAACUCCACUACCCAACCCGAUCUUUACAUCAGAAUCCCGGAAACCGAUGACACGAGUGACGAAAUCGAUAAUAAAAUGUUUUCCAAUUCGAAAUCGAAAAUCCAUGAUGCGUUCUUGGGGAGUGGAGAUUAUAAGGAUUUAAUAGUCCCGAAUGGGAAAUUUGGGCUUGGGUUUAGGCGGGUUAAGACAACUGAGGGAUUGGUAAUUGGGUUUGGACACGCGGGGUUAGGUGGGUCCACGGGAUACUGUGAUGUAAACAACCGGUUUUCUAUCGCUGUGACUCUAAACAUGUUGUCUUUCGGGGCUUUGACUGCUGAGAUAAUCCGGUUUGUUUGCUCGGAACUUGAUCUUCCGGUGCCUGAAGAUUAUUCGGGAUCUCGGGAGUUCAUUGAUAAACCCGUGAUCAAUUAAUUUAUACAGGACGUUACAUAAUAUAAUAGGUUAUACUGUGUCUGACAUACAGUGCAGUUGACCAAGACUCGCUCUUGUGACAAAAGUUGAGGUUUUUGUCUCGCUUAUAAAAUGAUAAUACAUACUUAAACAAUAUUUGAAUUUUGAGGUGAACUUUUAUCAUACAAUUUUUUUCUUAGCAUUUUGAGUUGAAAUUGAUUUUAGGAAGUAUACAUUUGCUGUAAAUUGAACGUAUAAAGAUAUAUUUUCUUCUCUCA